AGUGUCUAUCACAGGCGAUAAAAUGAUUUUGACAUUGGAUCAAGCUAUAGAAAAAAUAUCCUACACCUUGAAUAGUAAUUCUGUUAGAUCAAUCAAGAAUAUAUCCUCAGUCAUUAAUUCUGGUGGUAAAUAUUUAAGUUGGGAAGAGUCAAUCCCUGAUAAUACAAUGACUGGAGAUGAAACCACUAAAUAUUUGUCUGAGAUGUUUCCAGACAAGAUCCAACUAAAAAAAUCAAAUUAUAUUAAAUGCGGAUACAUGGUUUCAAUUGUAAAUAAUAUGCUUUUACAAGAUUAA